CGGCCCGCAGCCUCCCGGGCGGCUGCAGCGGGCCCGGGCCGGGGAGCGCCGCCAUGGCCACGGCCGGGGCACUGGCGGGCCUGGCCGCGGGGCUGCAGGGCCCCCGGACGGUGCCCGGCGCGGACUCGGACUCAGACACGGACUCGGAGGACCCGGGCGCCCGCCGCGGCGCGGGCGGGCUGCUCCGCUCGCAGGUCAUCCACAGCGGCCACUUCAUGGUGUCGUCGCCGCACAGCGACUCGCUGCCCCGGCGGCGGGCCCGGGAGGGGCCCGUGGCGCUCGCCGACUUCGGGCCGCGCAGCAUCGACCCCACACUCACCCGCCUCUUCGAGUGCAUGAGCCUGGCCUACAGUGGUAAGCUGGUGUCUCCCAAGUGGAAGAAUUUCAAAGGUCUCAAGCUGCUCUGCCGAGACAAGAUCCGCCUCAACAACGCCAUCUGGAGAGCCUGGUAUAUCCAGUAUGUGGAGAGGAGGAAGAGCCCCGUUUGUGGCUUUGUGACUCCCCUGCAGGGGCCUGAGGCUGAUGCGCAUCGGAAACCGGAGGCUGUGGUCCUGGAAGGAAACUACUGGAAGCGGCGCAUCGAGGUGGUGAUGCGCGAGUACCACAAGUGGCGCAUCUACUACAAGAAACGGCUCCGUAAGUCCAGCAGAGAAGGGGACCUCCUGGCCCCAAAACAGGUGGAGGGGGGAUGGCCGCCACCAGAGCGAUGGUGCGAGCAGCUCUUCUCCAGCGUGGUGCCCGUGCUGCUGGGGGGCCCCGAGGAGGACCCCGGCGGGCGGCAGCUGCUGGACCUCGACUGCUUUUUGUCUGACAUCUCGGACACACUCUUCACCAUGACCCAGCCCAGCCCCACGCCCCUGCAGCUGCCCCCUGAGGACGCCUACGUGGGCAAUGCUGACAUGAUCCAGCCGGAACUGACGCCUCUGCAGCCCAGCCUGGAUGACUUCAUGGAGACCUCAGAUUUCUUCACCAACUACCGCCCCCCUCAGACUGCCACGCCUUCAAACUUCCUGGAGCCCCCCAGCUUCGGUCCCAUGGCUGACUCCCUUUUCAGCAGUGGGAUCCUGGGCUCAGAGGCGCCCCCCGCCUCCUCAGGCAUGACCCUCCUCUCAGGGCAUACCCACCAGCAGGCUCGGAGAAGCUGCCCUGGCUCCCUGGACUCCAGUAUCUUCCUGAGCUCUGACUUCCUCCUUCCUGAAGACCCCAAGCCUAAACUCCCUGCCAGUCCCUCACCCCCACCCCUCCUCCAAUACCCUGCCCCUGCCAGAGGGCCUGGCCCGGAGCCCUGUCCCCCACCCCUCUUCCCUUCCAUGGCCCCACCCGCUGCUGUGCUGCAGGAAGAGCCUCUCUUCUCUCCCAGAUUCUCCUUCCCAACAGUCCCUCCUGCGUCAGGAGGCUCCCCACUGCCUGCUCCCACAACCUUCCCACCUACCCCACAGUCUGGCACAGGCCCUGCCCCCACUCACUUCCCCAUGGACCUUCUAUCCUCGGGGUAUCCAGAGCCCCUGUUUGGGCCUCACUUCACAAUGCCUCAAGGUGUGCAGCCCAGAGGCAAGCCCCCUACCCCAUCCCCUAGGGAGCGGAAGCCCAGCCCUCGGACCUUGGCCCCUGCCAUUGCUGGGGGCAACAAUUCUUGCCUCACACAGCUCCUCACAGCAGUCUGCUUGUACGCAGCCAAGCCUGAGCAAGCCCUGGAGCCACCUCUUGUGUCCAACGUCCUCCUGCGGCCCCCAAAAUCCCGGGAGACGGUCCCUGAAUUCCCCUGCACCUUCCUUCCCCCGACUCCGGCCCCCACACCACCCCGGCCACCUCUGGGCUCGGCCACACUGGCCCCUCCCAGGCCCUUGAUUGCCCCCAAAGUAGAGCGGCUGUCACCCCCAGCACCCAGCGGCGGUGAGCGGCGGCCGUCCGGGGAGCUUAACUCCAUGCCGGGCCCAGGGACUCUGAGUGUCCGAGUCUCUCUGCCUCAGCCCAUUCUAAGCCGGGGUCGUCCAGACAAGACUGAAAACCGGCGCAUCACACACAUAUCUGCGGAGCAGAAGAGGCGCUUCAAUAUCAAGUUGGGAUUUGACACCCUGCAUGGGCUGGUGAGCACGCUCAACACCCAGCCCAGCCUCAAGGUGAGCAAAGCAACGACACUGCAGAAGACGGCCGAGUACAUCACCAUGCUGCAGCAGGAGCGGGCGGCCUUGCAGGAGGAGGCCCAGCAGCUACGGGACCAGAUUGAGGAGCUCAAUGCUGCCAUUAACCUAUGCCAGCAACAACUGCCGGCCACUGGGGUGCCCAUCACACACCAGCGUUUCGACCAGAUGCGAGACAUGUUUGAUGACUAUGUCCGGGCCCGCACGCUGCACAACUGGAAGUUCUGGGUAUUCAGCAUCCUCAUCCGACCUCUGUUUGAGUCCUUCAACGGGAUGGUGUCCACGGCAAGCUUGCAGAGCCUCCGUCAGACCUCGUUGGCCUGGCUGGACCAGUACUGCUCCCUACCUGCUCUCCGGCCAACUGUCCUGAACUCUCUCCGCCAGUUGAGCACAUCUACCAGCAUCCUGACGGACCCAGGCUGUAUACCUGAGCAAGCCACACGGGCGGUCACAGAAGGCAAACCAUUAUAAAGCUGAGCAGACCCUGCCAUUCACUCAGCUGCCCUGGGGACUACUUUCCUUGGAUGUGGGCUCCAGACACAGCUUCUGGGCUCUCCCUUCCUGCCCCCGGCCCUGGUUGUCCCCUUUCCUGAGAGUGAAGCAGGCCCCUGGCCUCUGCCCACCACCUGGAAGUCAGAAAACACUGAGUUCCAGUGCCUGCUCUUCCAGUGACUACACUGUGACGUAGGGGACUUGUAUUCCAUCUUUGGACCUCCAUUUUCCAGUCUGCAAAAUGGGGGUGAGGAAGGCUCAACCAGAUGAUGAUCCCAAGGCCUUAGCAGCUGUGACACUUGGGGCCUAAACUGGCAACUCAAGGAACUUGAAGGAGAGAAUGGGAAGAUCCUAUUCCUCUGUCACUCCCAUCUGCUCCCCAACAGGUAGAGCACAUGCCUCUUGUUUCUGAGCAAAGCAGAAAAGGGGGUUCUCUCUGUGCCUUCACCGGUAACCUGGGGGCGCUGCAGGAUAGCACCCCUGGGUGGAUGGGUGGACGAAGCCUGGAAAUUCUGGUCCCAGGAGAACACCAGCACGGGUGGUGGCCAAACCAAGGCAGGCAUCGUGCGUGUGUGUGUGUGUGUGUGUGUGUGUGUGUGUGUGUGUGUUUUGUAGAGAAUUUUGACCAAUAAAAACAAACUGUCAGGGA